UUGACGUAUGGCACUGUUAACACAACAUUUUGUGAGCAGCGAAUGUUAUAGUUAGUUUGACGUUUCACACUCGUUUGUGCUUCAAGCGUUGCGUUGUGUACUCUGCUAAACUAUGGCCGCCCGCCGUAUCGCUCAAUCAUCUAUUAACUGGUCCGCUCUGGCCGAGCGUGUGCCUGCCAAUCAAAAGAGUAGCUUUGGAGCCUUCAAAACCAAGGCUGAUACCUAUGUCCGCGCGGUCUUGGCCAACCCGGAAACUCCUCCAAAGAUUGAUUGGGCGUACUACAAGAACUUAGUGCCCGUUGCCGGUUUGGUCGACAGUUUCCAGAAGCAGUACGAUGCGUUGAGCGUGCCUUAUCCCAAGGACACUGUGUCGCCGCAAGUUGAUGCUGAAAUCAAGGAAACCCAAGGCGAGAUUGCAAGCUUCAAAAAGGCAUCCGAGCAGCGCAUUCAAAACUUACAAAAGGAAAUCGCUCAUUUGAAGUCUCUGUUGCCAUACGAUCAAAUGACCAUGGAGGAUUACCGCGAUGCAUUCCCCGAAACCGCUUUGGAUCCCCUUAACAAGCCCACGUUUUGGCCCCAUACACCAGAGGAGCAGGUUGGUUAUAAAUCUAAGGAGCAGCUCGAAGCUGAGGCUCAUGGUCAUCAUUAGACGGAUGAAUCGACAGGCGUGCCUAGAUGGGAAUACAGCCGCUGUAAUGCGAAUUAUUAAGCUGAAAACAACAGUAACAGCACGAUAAUGUUAACAACAGUUAAAAUAAACGAAAAUCUUUAAAAUUGGCA